AAGAAUUUCGCCACAGUAGAGUAGCUAGUAGCCUAGGGAGAGAUGUCAACGAAACUGUAUUGAAGCAGAUUUCAGGCAAUUUCUGAGCUUAAUUGAUCAGAUAUUUUACAGCAGACAUGUAUCGACGUAUGGCAAGGAGUGUGUGCGGUGGAGGAAGAAUGUGUCCAGUCUUUGUGCCUCCUUUUACCUCACCUUUAUCACGGAUGCUGAGAAAAUCUAAGGAGGAGAGACACUACAGGCUUUCUGAGCAGUGUGGGAAAUGUCCCGUCCGUUGUAUGAGCUCUGCAGCCCGAAAGAGGAGAUCUCUCCGCAGUGCCUUCCCUGUACUUGAGCAGCCCUUACAACUCAUCCAACGCCACGUUUAUGAAGCCAACCUCCGAAACAGCAACACCUGCCACAAAGAGUUCAUGGAGUUGAGUGAAAAAAUUAGGAAAGGUGGAGGGGAAAAUGCCAUCGCCAGACACACUCAGAGGAACAAAAAGCUGCUGGUCAGGGAUCGGCUAAAGCUCCUGCUGGAUGAUGAGGACUUCCUGGAGCUGUCUCCAUUUGCUGGUCUGGGUCUGCCGUACGGAGAUAUCCCUUCAGCCGGCUGCCUGACUGGCAUUGGCAGGAUCAAUGGUCUGUGGUGUGUGUUUAUUGCCAACGAUGCCACAGUGAAAGGCGGCACAGCUUAUCCAAUCACAGUGAAGAAGCAGCUACGAGCACAAGAGGUAGCAAUACAGAACCGCCUGCCCUGUGUGUAUCUGGUCGACUCUGGAGGAGCUUUUCUACCUCUGCAGUCUGAGAUCUUUCCUGAUAAGAACCAGGGAGGAAGGACGUUCUAUAAUGAAGCCAUCAUGUCAGCCAUGAAGAUCCCACAGGUAUCGGUGGUCUGUGGGUCGUGUACAGCGGGUGGAGCGUACAUUCCUACUAUGGCAGAAGAAGCAGUCAUGGUGCACCGGAUAGGGACCAUCUUCCUGGGUGGACCACCUCUUGUUAAGGCUGCCACGGGAGAAGAAGUCACACCAGAAAACUUGGGAGGAGCUAGGCUUCAUGCUGAAGUGAGUGGCUGUGUGGACCAUUUUGCCUGGGAAGAGAAGGAGGCAUACAGUUACACCAGAAACAUCAUAUCUACACUAAACUUCCAGCUACCAGAGGAAGAUGAUGAGGAGGUGAUGACGAAGAGGAAAGCAGAGGAGGAGCCCCGGUACAGUCCAGAGGAGCUUCUGGGGCUUGCUCCAAGGAGUUAUAACUACAGUCUGGAUGCUAAAAUGGUAGUCAGUCGACUAACUGACGGGAGCCGCUUCCAGGAGUUUAAAGCUCGCUACGGGACGACGCUCGUCACCGGAUUUGGGAAGAUACAUGGGCACCUGGUGGGAAUCAUAGCCAACAACGGAGAGCUGUCAUACGAGGCUGCACUGAAAGGCAGUCAUUUUGUCCAGUUAUGUGACCAGAGAGACAUCCCACUCAUCUUCCUGCAGAACACGGCCCCCUCAGCUGCUCUGACACUCUCCACAACACAGGCAGAGACAAACAGUAACCGUCUGAAGGCUCAAGGGUCGAUGAUGUCAGCAGUGGCAUGUGCCUCCGUCCCUAAAAUCACUGUGGUGAUUGGUGGUUGUCACGGUGCUGAUAGUUACGCCAUGUGUGGGCGGGCCUUUGAUCCAAACUUCCUGUUCCUGUGGCCAAACGCCAGAGUGUCGAUGGCGGCUCCUGGUCACUCUGACUCUUUGCUCCCCCCUGACAGUGAGCAGCCAGACGAGGAGCAGAAGAAACGGGAGGAGAAGUUAAAUAAGAGAUUAGAAGAAGAGAGCUCAGCAUUCUUCUCCUCUGGCAGGCUGUGGGAUGAUGGAGUUAUUCUGCCUCAGGACACCAGGAAGGUUCUCAGUGACUGUCUGGACAUCAUCAGACAACAGCGGUAUCAGCUUUCCACCGAGAAACUUCAGUCAGCCCUUUUACGUAUAUAGAGGAUCCUUGUUCUCUCUGGACAAAGCAAAACUCAUUCUGUACAGCCUUAAAAUGACACUGCAGAUAAGUGAUUCCUCACCAACGUGCCAAGAGGAUUUACACUAAACUCUGAGAAGCACUGACUGAUUAUUGAAGGAAACGCAAGUUGGACGCGCUGAAUAUCUACACAUUUGUUUGCACAUGAUACAGAAAUAUCAAUAGAGAUGUCGAGAUGCUGGUCUUCUAACCUCAUAUUAGGGGAAAAAAGCAAUCUUCCUCAAGGUUUUCAAUUAAAGACUGAGAUAAUGUCCACACAGAUGCCCUGGUUGUGAUCAGAUUGAGAACCGUAAGUAUCGGGGUUAUGAUUAGAGCAUGUAAACUCCACAUCCUGACUAAGAUACUGGUGAAUGUAAAUAUCUUAUCCAGAUUUCUGCACAUUCUUGGUCGUUACAAAUUAAAGUCUUGAUAUUAGAAUUUUAGAGGGGACAUAUUUUACCCUAUUAAGAAAAAGUUAAAUUGGUCUCAGAGGCUCCAAAACAUGCCAAUGAAGUUUGUUGCUAAAAAACCACUCCAGUGUUGGAUUUUUUCAUGUCUACAAAAACCCUC